AUGUGGGAGGUAACCUUACCUACUCGUUCAUUAUGCUCCACACAAUCACGGAAAGGCUUUGGACACGAAGCACCGAGGAGUAGAGCCAUCACUAAGCAAAUUCACUCACAUACGAAUAACCUUUCAGCCAUAUGUAGACUUUCCUACUCGUUGGCGUUCUCUUUCGAAGGGUGCAACGCCACUCAAUCGUGCUGGUUUCACCCUCCAAAUUGUAAUGCGAAUGAGCGAGGGAAAUGCAUUUCUGGAGUGCGGUGGUACAUGGAACCUGAUGGGCUCAGAAUUCAGCUACAAACGCAUGUGAACGACCUGGAUCCUCAUCGCCCAGCCUAUGCUGCUCUUGGGUUCAGCUACAACCAGAGGAUGGAUGACGACACAGUUGUAGAAUGUGUUCAACCUCUGCAAGGCCAACCAGGGCAGGUUAGAGUCUCGUUUAACGACGAGACUUUCAACAACGUCCUGCAUCAGGCAUCUUCUGUACUGUUAGAAGGCGGCAGUGUGACGAUGGAAGACGGGGUGCUAAAAUGCGAUAUGAAGCUGUUGCUUGACAACAUUGGACUGGUUUCAAACGAUUCCAAGUUCAUGAUUCACGAUCUCGAAGCUCGCCCAUAUUACUUACUAUUUGCUAGAGGAAACGCUGAUCCUUGGACACUCGAAAAAGACAUACACUCCGUAAACGACAACCCACAAUUCCCUUGGAUGACUGAAGAAAUGGUUGGUGCUCUUUAUGCUUUUGGUAAAAAUGACUUGCUCACAAUGCAACAAUAA